CUAUCACCCCGUGCACUCGCUUUUGCAGGCUGUUAAUGGAGAAGAGGGCGGAUGACAGCCGGGACCGUGGUCAUCACAGGUGGAAUAUUAGCGACUGUCAUUUUGCUAUGUAUCAUCGCCGUCCUCUGCUACUGUAGGCUCCAGUAUUACUGCUGCAAGAAGGAUGAAUCCGAGGAGGACGAGGAGGAGCCCGACUUCGCCGUGCACUCCCACAUCCCGCCGCUCCACUGCAACCGCAACAUAGUGCUGACCAACGGCCCGUCCCUCUACACCUCGUCCCCCUUCACCAAGAAGCCGACCCGAACCCGGUCCAGCUGCCCGGCUGCGCCCCUACGAGCCCCCCUACGAGCCCCCACCUUCUUCCUUCAGGAGCCCCCCGAGGAGCUGCACAACGGGGGCGACCGGGUGAGCUACAAGACGGUGAGCCAGGAGGAUCUGGCUCUGCCGGUGAGCGUGUCCAGCCUGCAGGCUCUCAACCCCAACCGGCUCUCGGCCAUGCGCGAGGCCUUCUCCCGCAGCCGCAGCAUCAGCACCGACGUGUGAGGG